AUGGAACUAGAUUAUGUCUUCAUGGAAGACCUCGUUAGAGCUGUGGCACAAUUCUACCCCUCUUCAUCUGGAGGAAUGUCUGGGGGGUUCAAUCAACCUCCUUCCCCAGAGGGGGCUCUGCCUGUAUUUCACGAAAACCAAGAUCAGCCUGGUCCUUCAGCUUCAGAAGGGGAGGAUCGGGCUGUCCGGGAUUUUAGCAGUGAAUUGCGUAAUAUUGAGUCAUUACGCGAAGAUAAGUCCCUAGAUGUGAGCUACCGAAAUGCCUUAAUAAAGCAGGAAUCCAUUAUAAUUGAAAUGAAAAAGUCCCUUUUACCGGGAAAUCAAAUAACAGAUGAGGACAUUCAGAAGGGAGUCGACUCCUAUUUAACAGCCACCAUGGGGCAGUCAGUUAAUUAUCGUUGUAAGAAGCUUUCAUAUAUUCAUAGGGAUUUGACCGACCGUGGGUCGACUAGUCCCUAUUUUAAUGCAAUAAUCAAAGAAAUAGAAUCCAUGAAUGGCCCUUUUUUUAGCGUUCAUGGAUUGCUUUCCUCUUUUUUCUAUCCAUCUGAGUAUUUUUGA